AUGUUGAUGUAUCAGAUACAGGAACAGAGUAGAGAGAUUUCGAAGUUGAAGAAACAGUUGAAUAAGUUGGAGAAAGACAAAGAAAAUGCAGAUGCUGCAUUUAAGACAGCAAUGGACAGAGUUCAUGAAUUGGAAGAAGAAAACACAUUGAUGAAGCACAAGAUUGAUUCCGAUGGUGUCAAAGAAGACAAACCAUCAUUAGAAGAAAUGAAAGGAAAAAUUGAUUUGUUGGAAUACGAAAACUCCAAGUUGCAACAACAGGUUUCUUCACAACCAUCAACACCAGUACAACAAAAGAAUGAUUUCGCAGAAAACAUCGAAGAACAGAUCCAACAAAAAGAUUCCGAAAUAGAAAAACUCAAAGAAGAACUCGCAGAUGCAAAAGAAGACCUCAAAUAUGCUUUGGCAAAAUUGGAUGAUGCAAACACUUCAUUAACCUUAAAUAGUUCACAGACUAAAGAUGAGGAAGAAGAUGAUUUGGAGUCAUUGAAGUCACAAGUAAAUGAACUCGAAGAACAAAGAGAUUUCUAUAUCAAGAAAUCAGAAAAUUUGGAAGAAAAAGUUAAAGAAUUGACACGGAAAGUGACAAACUUUAAACCACAAAUUGAAGAAACCAAGACACCUAAAUCGAACAUAGAAGACAAAUACCAGAACUUGCAGACAGUUAAUAAAGGAUUGGCUGAAGAAAUCUCUGCAAAAGAAAAACAAAUUGAUUUGUUGAAUUCGCAAAUAAAGAACAAAGAAGAACAAAUCAAACAAAACGAAUCAGAGAUCAAUAAACUCUUCGUAGAAAAGAAUGAUCUCAAGAUUAAACUCCAACAAUCUUCUGAUGAAUUGGCUGCUUUCAAACGUGAAAGAAGUGAAGUGAAAAGAGAAAAAGAUGAAGCCGUCAAAAAGUGCCAAGAUUUAGAAAAAGUUUUAGCUGUUUCAUAUGAACAAGACGACAAAAUCCAAGAGCUUGAGAGAGAGAACCAGAAACUGAAUGAACAGUAUUUGUUUGCUGCAGAUCAAUGCAAAGAUUCCAACAAACAAAGGGAUGAAUUGCAAAAAGAAAACAAGGAAUUGAUUGAGAAAAUCAACAACUUGGAAAAUGAUUUGUUGCAAGCUGAGAAAGAACUCGAUGAAUUAACCGAUGAAAAAGAGAAACUCGAGGAAGAACUUUCCCAAGCUAAAAAAGAUUUGUCGCAAUCAAAGAGACAACUCCAAGAAUCAAAAGAUGAUUUGUUCCAAAUCAAAAAGCAAAUGGCUGAAAAGGAAAGAACAAUCAGCGAACAAUCAGUGUCUAUUGAAGAUUUAGGAAACCAGAAUGACAAACUCAAUGAAGAAAUCGAAGAAAUUCAAAAAGAAAAAGAUGAAAAUGAAGAAAAAUUGAAAGAUUUGCAAGAAAAGUUGAAAAUUGCACAGAGUAAGGCUGAUUCAUUGAAAUCGCAGAACAACCAAUUGAUAAAGGAUAGAGAUAACUUGCAGAACCAAUUAAACGAGUUCCUUCUCGACGGAGGAAAAAUUGAUGAAAAAUUGGUGUCAGAAAACAAACAAUUGGCAGAAAAAGUCCAAAUUCUUCAGGCACACGCCAUCAAGAAUAUCGAAGGAGGAAGCAGAGUUUCCGCUAAAGCAGAGGAAGAUCCAGCAUUAGAAAGGAAAGUUGAAUCUCUCCAGGUUUCGUUGGAUGGUGCAAACAAACAAAUCCAAGAAUUGCAGAAGAAGAAUAACGAAUUGAACGAAUUGAAUGGAGUUUUGAGGAGUAAAUUGAGUAACGCAAUCAAGGAGAAAACACUCUUGGAGUUCAAGAAUGACCCUGAUUUCGGUGGAAAUAAUAAUCCACCAUUUAAGUUUUAA